AUGGCUGCAUCUAAUGAUACAUCAUCGAUAAAUCCAUCUUCUGAUGAGAAUUUGGAAAAAAGCAUUGUAAACGAUGAUGAAAUCGAAUCGAUCAUAAACGAAAUUAAAAAUGUUUUAUCAUUAGAUGAUGGCGAACUUACAGACAAAAUUAUUGAUGACUUGUUGGACAACGGUCGACAAUCAUUAGCGAAAUAUAAAGAAGAUAUUAUACCCAAAGUCUAUAAAGAAGUAAUGAGCGAUAAUGAUACUAUAUUGAUUCCUUUGAUCAAGAAGUAUAUCGAGAGAGAAGCGGAAAUAGGUUCUAUGGAAACCUAUCCAUGGUUCAUUUCAUUUCUUAAUGCAUAUAAAAAUGGAGAAAAUCGUGUGAUAUAUGACCGUGUUUUUACUCGCUCUGCAAUUUAUGGACCUAUAUAUAUGAAAAAUAAUCCAUUAUUGUCAUUUGUUUUACAACUUCUCUUCGAAGGCAUUGAUGAUCAGUGUUUGAAAGAAACAAAUGUCUUCGAUGAUUUAUGGUUCUCGGUAACCAACGAUGGUUUAAAAUCAAUAACAAAAUAUUCCGACUAUAUUAUUGAAAGUGUAAUGAAUGAACAAUUAAAACGUGACUCAAUAUUGUUUCAGGCAUUACGUGAAUAUUAUCGUGAAGGGGUACUUUUAUCGUUAAAAGAAAGCAAUAUUACGGACAAGAAAAAUUUAUAUGAUUUAGCAUUAGACGAUAUUACUGAGCAGGGAUGGUUGACUGAUUUGAAAUCUAUUGAAGAAAGUAUAACACCGAAGUCUUAUAAAACUCUAUUGGAAAAACUUCGUACUUUUCAUCAAAAGCAAAAACCAAAUGAAAAAUGUGAUGAAAGUGAAUCUGGUAGUUUCAAAGAAGAAUCGGCUUCAUCAUUCACGGCUCGUGCUGGCUUUACAGCUGUACAGAAUGCAUGUCAAAUAGAAGCAUUGAAACUUCAUAAUACAUAUAGAGCUCGACAUGGUGUUCCUGCUCUAGUUCUUGACGAUGAUAUUAGUAGAAAAGCUCAAGCUUAUGCAGAUUAUUUGGCGAGAAGUGGUUUAUUUCAGCACAGCUCAGAUCGAAAUAACCUAGGCGAAAAUUUAUUUGCCAAAUGGAGUACAGGAUCACUGGAAAAUACUGGAUAUGGUAAAACAGCUACUGAAUCAUGGUACAGCGAAGUUCGGCAUUAUAAUUACAGUUGGGGAGGCUUUUCAAUGUCGACAGGUCAUUUUACUCAGGUUGUUUGGAAGAGCACCAAGCAACUGGGCGUAGGAGUAGCUUUUGGAGAUGGAGGACGAAAAGUUAUUGUCGUAGCACAGUAUCGUCCGGCUGGCAACAUGAGGGGAGACUUUCAGCGAAAUGUUUUACCUUCACGUUAA